CGCGACCAACAUGGCUCCCUGCACCUGGUGACGGUUGAGGAAGUUGGGGGAAGAAGGAAAGAGACUCAUGGAGAAGCCUCGGGGAGCGGAGGAGGCUCCAUCUUCUGAGCCAAUGGAGGAGGAGGAGGAAGAAGAUGACCUGGAGCUCUUCGGUGGCUAUGACAGUUUCCGGAGCUAUAACAGCAGCGCUGCCAGCGAGAGCAGCUCCUACCUAGAGGAAUCAAGUGAACCGGAAAAUGAGGAGAGGGAAGCUGGGGAGCUGCCCACCUCCCCACUGCACCUGCUCAACUCCGGGACGCCCCGCUCCUUGGAUGGCAGCGGUUCAGAGCCAGCCGUGUGUGAGAUGUGUGGCAUCGUGGGCACCCGGGAAGCCUUCUUCUCCAAGACCAAGCGCUUCUGCAGCGUCUCCUGCUCCAGAAGCUACUCUUCCAACUCCAAGAAAGCCAGCAUUUUGGCUCGGUUACAGGGAAAGCCGCCCACCAAGAAAGCCAAGGUCCUGCACAAGGCGGCAUGGUCGGCCAAGAUCGGCGCCUUCCUCCACGCGCAGGGCACCGGCCAGCUGGCGGACGGCACUCCCACGGGCCAGGACGCGCUGGUCUUGGGGUUCGAUUGGGGGAAGUUCUUGAAGGACCACAGUUACAAAGCAGCCCCUGUCAGCUGCUUCAAACAUGUUCCGCUCUACGACCAAUGGGAGGACGUGGUGAAGGGCAUGAAGGUGGAGGUUCUCAACAGCGACGCGGUGCUGCCGAGCCGCGUGUACUGGAUCGCAUCGGUUAUCCAGGCCGCAGGGUACCGUGUGCUGCUCCGAUAUGAAGGCUUCGAAAAUGAUGCCAGCCACGACUUCUGGUGUAACCUGGGUACUGUGGAUGUGCACCCCAUCGGCUGGUGCGCUGUCAACAGCAAGAUUCUGGUGCCCCCACGGACCAUCCAUGCCAAGUUCACCGACUGGAAGGGCUACCUCCUGAAACGCCUGGUGGGCUCCAGGACGCUGCCUGUGGACUUCCAUAUCAAGAUGGUGGAAAGCAUGAAGUACCCCUUCCGCCAGGGCAUGCGGCUGGAGGUGGUGGACAAGUCGCAGGUGUCCAGGACCCGCAUGGCUGUGGUGGACACGGUGAUCGGGGGCCGUCUGCGGCUCCUUUAUGAGGACGGUGACAGCGACGAUGACUUCUGGUGCCACAUGUGGAGCCCCCUGAUCCACUCUGUGGGCUGGUCCCGUCGUGUCGGCCAUGGCAUCCGGCUGUCAGAGAGGCGUGGGGACAUGGCCCAGCACCCCACCUUCCGGAAGAUCUACUGUGACGCUGUCCCCUACCUGUUCAAGAAGGUUCGAGCCGUUUACACAGAAGGUGGCUGGUUUGAGGAGGGCAUGAAGCUAGAGGCCAUCGACCCCCUGAAUCUGGGCAACAUCUGUGUGGCCACCAUCUGCAAGGUGCUCCUGGACGGCUACUUAAUGAUCUGUGUGGAUGGGGCCUCCUCGGACGGCAGCGACUGGUUCUGCUACCACGCCUCAUCCCACGCCAUUUUCCCUGCCACCUUCUGCCAGAAGAACGACAUCGAGCUCACGGUUCCAAAAGGCUUUGACCGUGGCACUUUCAACUGGGACUCCUACUUGGAGAAGACCAAGGCCAAGGCAGCUCCCUCGAGACUCUUCAACAUGGACUGCCCGAACCACGGCUUCAAGGUGGGCAUGAAGCUGGAAGCCGUGGACCUGAUGGAGCCGCGGCUUAUCUGCGUGGCCACAGUGAGGCGCGUGGUGCACCGGCUCCUCAGCAUUCACUUUGACGGCUGGGACAGCGAGUAUGACCAGUGGGUGGAUUGCGAGUCGCCCGACAUCUACCCCGUGGGCUGGUGCGAGCUCACCGGCUACCAGCUGCAGCCGCCCGUGGCCACCGAGUCGUCUACGCCUCUGAAGGCCAAGGAGGCUACAAAGAAGAGGAAGAAGCAGUUUGGGAAGAAGAGGAAGCGGGUCCCCCCUGCCAAGACCCGGCCCCUCAGACAAGCCUCCAAGAAGCGGCUGCUGGAUGAGAAGGCUGAGGAGCCCGAUGAGAUCAUCGCUGUUCGUGUGAAGGAGGAACUGCUCGAUUCGGCCAGCCCUGACUGUGCCUCGAGCCCCGAGCUGCCUGUCCCCGUGGACAGCAUCAAGCAGGAGAAGGACAUCUGAACUCAGCUGCUGCAGACAGCUUGAGGACCCUGAGGCAGAGCUGUCUGUCUCCGCCUGCUGGGCCUGCCCCGGUGCUUGUCUCUGCUUCCUUCUGGACAGGCUUGGAGU